AUGAAUGAAAUUCCUACAGAUAACUAAUAAUUAACAUCCUAAUAAACACUUGAAAUGCUUCAGUUCUAUGUAAAAUGCCAUCAAUAUUAAUUAGUUUGAUACCAUUAUUUCUGAAUGCACAGCAUUUAAUCAUGCUUAAUAUAUAUAUCCACUUUAUCAAACUUUUUUAAUUCAAUUGAAUUAAUAACUUAGAACUUUAGAACAAUCAUGUAUAGGAGAUAUUACACAUAAUAUUAUGUACUAAAAUCUAAAAGUACUUUAAAAAAAUGCAGCAGAUGAUCUCAAUAUAUAAGAAAUGUUAAUUGAGUAUGAUGAAUGUAUUAUUAAAUUAAAAUAUAUUAGUCAUCCAUCCAAUUAAAAUACAGGAUCUACCUAGAUUAUUUAAUUAAAAACAAAAGAUGCCUUCAAAAUAAAAGAAAGCAGUUAGUUGCAUUUUGAAUGACAAUUGUGAUAAAUAAGUCUUCUUCAAAACUGGAUCCUAAUCUGUUUUGAUUCAUCAAACUAAAGAUCAAAUUUAGAGCUUUUCUGAAUUAGAUGAAAAUAAACUCAAUGUAAUUAAAGAAUUUGAUGAAAAAAGUCAAUUUUCAUCAAUCAACUUUCAAAUAAAUCCAAAAACUGAUCUAAGAACACUUGCUGAAUAAAGAAUGACAUAAUCAUAAAAUUAUUAUUAUAAUGAAGCUUAAUUAGAUGAUGUAGAUCUUUUUUAUUAAAUUAGGCUUAUUAUGUAUUAUAGCAAGCUAUGAUAGAAUUAUAAGAUAAUUAAUAAAUAUUUAAUUGGUUUUAUGAAACAUAUGGUGAAUACGUUAGAAUGAUUUAAGAUAAAAUGAAUAAUAUGUAGGUUAAUCUUAACGAACUUGAAUCUGAUGGAUGGAUUAUAGAAAAAAAUACAAAAACAUUAAUCAUUAAAUAUAAAAUUGAUUCUAAAAAUUCAACUGUUACUCUUUUUAUGGAUUCUGUCUUUGAAGCUAAUGUUACUAAAUUAAUGGCUUUAAUUAAUGAAAUUGAACUAUAUCAAAACUAUGUACCAUUUUGUGUUAGGUCAUCUAUGCCUAAAAGAAUAGGAAAAUGUUGUAAAAUUUGUGACAUAUAGGUUUACUUUCCUUUAAUUUCUGACAGGAAAGCUGUUUUUGUUGGAGAAGGCAUAGAUCGACUUAAUAUAAAUGGUACAAUAGUAUUUAUUUGUAAAUCUGUUGAUAACGAUCCAGAAUUUUUAAAAAUACAUAAUAUAGAUUUAUCAAAAGAUAAAUAGAAGUUUGUAAAUUUGAUACUAAACUAUUAUGUAUUUGAAUUAACACCUAUAAGUGAAAAUAAAUGCAGAGUAAGAGCAGUAACUAAUUCGGAUCCUUAAUGCAGGUAUAUACCAAGAGCACUUGUUGCUUUGGUAGCAAGAAAAGUAUAUUAAUUUUAAUAAAAAUUAGAUGGCCAGUACUUUAUUUGAGAAAAUGUAAAAAAUUACUUAAAAUUUUAAUAAAAGUCUAUGGUAUCCUAAGUAUUUGGAAAAUCAAGAAUUUUAUGAUUGGAUAGAUAAUAAAGUCAAGGUUUAUUUUUCUAAAUAAAAAUAAUUAUGAUUUUAAC